CGUACGCACGCAUUGUCACUUAAGUGUUACCAAAUGAAGACUUCGCGGAGUCACAAUUCGCGAUCGACUUACAUUCGUAAAGUAAAAAUCGCCGGUUUCUGUUGACUGUGUUUAUCGAUACCUUCUAGGAUAAGACUCUUUAGGACUGUACCGGUUUGUGGCUAAUGCGCGGAGAUGUCGCGAGGGCGCGGUGCCGAUGGCGCGGGCUGAGCGCGCUCGGCUAGGCGCCCAUGCGCGCCUGCCUCCUACUGUGUGCGGCGCUCGCGCUAGCGCCGAGCCGGCCGCGCGCCGCCGCCGCCUCGCACAAGCACCACCCUCACGUCCCAACGCCCGAGCCGGCCAGACUCGAACACAUAAAAACACAGAUACUCGCCAAGCUGGGUCUAUCGUCGCGGCCCACGCCGCUUGGGGCUCCCCCUCGUGACGUUGUGAGGCAAAUUUUGGCGCGCGCGGCUGACCCGCGCCCCGAGCGCCGCCCGGAAACAGAACACAGCAUGAGAGAAAUCAUUGCUAUAGCACACAGAGUCUGCUUUCAGAUGGUGUUUUUAGGUUUAGAGGUGUUGGAUAUAUAUAAUCGAUAA